CAAGAAGACUGUGUGACAUUUCCGUCCCCCAAACUAGACACAAGAUGUUGGUUGAGUUUCUUGGUAGUGGAAUACAGGGGAGGUGUGGGGGAUUUCUGCCUAAUGGCGUUUAAUGGAAAACUGACAUCCUCCACAUGUCAGUUUCCCAAUGAACAGAGUAUAAAUGAAACGCUGUGAUCACAGUCAAUCACAACAAGGAGAGAAGAGAAGUUCAGCAUCACCAUCAUCAUCAUCAUCCUCAUCGUCCUUACAGCAUCAUGAAGACUCUCCGCAUCAUCCUGGGGCUGUUGUUGCUCUGCGCCUGCUGCUGCACUGCCAUGCCUGAAGGUUUGAGAAGCACAGCACCUGCAAAGUGCUGCUUCAAAUUUUCUGAGAAACAAGUUGCAGAAAUACGUGUGAGGACCAUAACCAAGACCGACGUCUCCUGUCCACACAAGGCUUUCUUAGUUGAGACUAUCAGAGGAAAAGAGAUGUGCUUUAAGCACAGUUUUGAGUAUGCUAAGGAACUCUAUAAUAGACGGCACAACAACAACAAGGAGGGCAGCAGCCAAUAGCCCUGAAGAAGAUAUGUAAUAUUUGCUGGAUCAAAGUGAAAAGUUUUAAUGAAUGAACAUAUAUCGAUUUAAUGAGAUGUACUGCUGGUUAUGUGCUUAUCUAAGUAAAGUGUGUAUUGUUGGAACAACAAAGUAUUUUUUGUGAAUGAUUUAUGUUUUUGUCUUUACCAACCUCUGAUUUAAAAAAUACAUGUGAGACCUUGCUGUAGCUGCUGCAAGCAAAUAAAAUGUUUAAGUUAA